AAAUGACAAAAGUCACCGAGCACCUUGAGAAACAGCUGGCAGAGAACAGAGUGAAGCAGGAAGAGGCUAGAAGGGCACGUGAAGAAGAAAAACAAAGAAGUGACAAUGCCUUCAACAAUGCUGAGCGAGCUUUUGAAAGAAAAUUGGAAGAGCAGCGAAAGGAAAAUCAAGAAAAUCAAAAAGAAUUGGAACUUGAAAUGGACAACUCGAGAUUGAAGCAUGAGAUGCUUUACAGAGAAAAACAAAAAGAGCAUGAAGAUGUAAUGGGAGCAAUGAGAAAUGCCAGCUCUGCAGAGAGGUCGGCUGCAGCUAACAUGCAUGAAAAAGAGCUGAACCUGCUGAGAAAAACCCACGAAUCUGAGAUGAAAAACUGCGAGGUGCAAAUGGAGGCGAUCAGACAGAAGGGUGAACGUGAAGUACGGGAUGUAGAAGAUCAAAUGGCAAAACUUCAUCUAGAAAGAGGUGCGGAGCUUGACAAGCACCACAAGAAGAUGUUGAAGAUGGUGGAGAAAAGCCAUGAAGAUUGCACUAGGGAGAAGGUCAAGCAGCAUGCUUUGAAAAUGCUUGAAAUGAAGAAUGAGGGCCAGCGGAAGGCGAUCGAGCACAAAAUUGUAAUGGAGAAACUCGAGCAGGCGCGAGGGAUGAGCCAACGUCUUGCAGUGAAUGAAGCGAACAGGGAGGUUUACAGAUUGUUCAUGGCAAUCAUGGAACCUGUGAAUGAAGCAAGGAGUAAUUUGGGAGAUAUCAAAGCUUUGUGCGACAACAAUGGUGAAGAUUACGAGGAUUCCGAUACAGCCUGCGCUGAAUAUUAUUCUUCCGGAAUCGGAAAUUCCAGGUCGAUAUUUGAUAUUCGUACGAACGCAUUCCGCGAUUUUGUUCUAAAUCAACCGAAUUGCGAUCACGAACUAGUGAUAGCGUGUCAAACUGCCAUAAACUCCAUGAAAAAGCCCAUGGAAUCCACCACAAUCCGUUCGGCAUGUACGACGUUGCCAAGAUUUAUGGGAGAGCAAAGGCAUUUGCGUAUCACCGCAAUUUUACAGAACAUUGAUGACUUGACAAGCACGCUUGAGGCUAUCAGCGACGAUGUUCGACUGAAUUUUGUGAGCUGGAAGCAACUGGAAAUUGUAGAAGCGGUGGUUGAACAAAAGACGAUAGAAAAGGAGUAAUCGUGUUGAAAGUAAAAUUGUUUCCAAUUCGAUUUCGGCCAAUAAUUCAUACCUCAACAUAAACAGAAUUAUCAGUUGUAUGUAGUAAACUUGAAAUUAACUGUAACUGCCUUAGUUUUGAUUUGUAUAUUGUUAAAAAAUCAUGAAUAAACUUUCAUAACUGUGCA